AUGUUCGUGCAUGGAGUGCAUGUGCAAAACUCCUCUUCCGAUGAGUCCGAAGAGGACGAAGAUUGCGAUCCAGAGAAAAUGCUUCUUAGGAGGAGGGAAGAAUGCGAACGCAAGGCAAGGAGAGGGGAGAUGGACCCCAGAUUGGAGUUCACUUUCCAACUUCUAAUGGAUGCAACGGGAUUACCCAGGAGUGAAAUUAUGGAUCAUGUUUUUGAAGGAGAUAUGUUGGACGGUAUCAACCAGCUUUUCCUCCCCCACAUGAAAACAAGGCUAUUGUGGUUCUAUCAGGAGGUAGAAGAGCCACAAGGCUCAGCAGAACCUGAUCCAAACAAACCCGGAACGUCAAGAGCCUUGCAGCCGAGUGGUUCCAGGUCAGCAGCAGUUCAACAGCAGGUCACACAUAAGAAAAAAUUGUUUCUUACUGAUGGUAUGGACGAACCACUAACUGGGACGUGCAUCUACAUAUUUAGGACGAGCAGCAGCAAGCAGCUUCCUGAAGAAGGGUUUCAGAAGGUACAGUUCGUACCAAGAAUGCUGACAAUGAAAUCAUAA